CGAUAUCGUUCCUGCGACUUUUUGCAGAGCGUCCGACAACAACACUCCACGCCGCCGCCAAAAUGAAGACCCAGUGGAAGGAUAUCCCCGUUGUGCCUACGAGCCAGGAGUUCUUGGACAUUGUUUUGUCCAGGACCCAGAGGCGUCUCCCGACUCAGAUUCGUGCAGGCUUCAAGAUCAGCCGUAUCCGAGCCUUCUACACCCGUAAGGUCAAAUACACCUCCGAGACUUUCACCGAGCGCCUCACACAAACUAUCGACGCCUUCCCUCGCCUGCAGGACAUCCACCCGUUCCACCGCGAUCUGCUCAACACCCUGUACGAUGCAGACCACUUCCGCAUUGCCCUUGGUCAGCUAUCGACCGCCAAGUCGCUUAUUGAGACUGUCGCCCGUGACUACGUCCGUCUCCUAAAGUAUGGACAGUCGCUGUUUCAGUGCAAGCAGCUGAAGAAGGCGGCGCUGGGUCGCAUGGCAACAAUUUGCAAAAGGCUUAAGGACCCGCUUGUCUACCUCGAGCAGGUCAGGCAACAUCUGGGUCGUCUGCCCUCGAUCGACCCCAACACCCGCACACUUGUCAUUUCUGGUUUCCCCAAUGUUGGCAAGUCUUCUUUCUUGAAGAACAUCUCGCGCGCAGAUGUCGAAGUACAGCCCUACGCUUUCACAACCAAGAGUCUCUACGUCGGUCACUUUGACUACAAGAUGCUGCGAUUCCAGGCAGUCGACACCCCCGGUAUUCUUGACCACGCCCUCGAGGAGAUGAAUACCAUUGAGCACCAGUCGAUUUGUGCCAUCGCCCAUCUUCGCGCCCACAUCCUCUACUUCAUGGAUCUCAGCGAGCAGUGCGGUUACUCCGUCGCUUCGCAGAUCGCUCUCUUCAACAACAUCAAGCCUCUUUUUGCAAACAAGCUGAUCACAAUUGUCAUCAACAAGAUUGACCUUAUGCGCCCGAGCCAGUUGGACGCAGAGACACAGGAGCAGCUUCAGGGUAUGCUGAAGUCUGGUGAGGUGGAAAUGCUCGAGCUUUCCUGCAACACCCAGGAGGGUGUCAUGCAGGUGCGCAACCACGUCUGCGACCGUCUGAUCGCUGCUCGUAACGCAGAGAAGCUCAAGGCCGGCACAAACAGCGCUGGUGAGCCUUCUGGCCGUCUCGGAGAGCUUCUUCGCCGUAUUCAUGUUGCUCAACCCCUUGGAGGCGUCACACGUGAGACGUCCAUUCCGGAGGCAGUCCUCAACAGGAAGAAGUACGACAAGAGCGACCCAGACAGGAUUCUACUUGAGCGCGAUCUGGAGGAGCAGGAGGGUGGUGCUGGUGUGUAUAACAUCGAUCUUCGCAAGAACUACUUGCUCGAGAACGACGAGUGGAAACACGACCGCAUUCCUGAGGUGUUCAAGGGUCAGAACGUCUACGACUUCAUCGACCCUGACAUUGAGGCUAAGCUUGAGGCUCUCGAGGCCGAGGAGGAGAAGCUUGAGGCUGAGGGCUACUACGACUCUGAGGAGGAUCUUGAGGAUGCCGAGGAGGCAGACAUCAGGUACAAGGCAGAGCUCAUCCGUGAGAAGAGGCAACUCAUCCGCAACGAGGCCAAGAUGCGCAAGAGUCUGAAGAACAGGGCCGUCAUUCCCAGGACGGCGAAGGCCGUCAAGCUGUCAAAGAUGGAAUCUCAUCUCGAGAGCCUCGGUCACGACACAUCGAAGAUCGCUGCUCGUGCAGAAGAGGCUCGUGGACGCAGCCGGUCUCGUGCUGCAGCUGCUGAUGGUGAUGCUAUGGAGAUUGACAAGCCCAUGAAUGCCAUUGAGAGGGCUAAGAUGAGGGGCCGCAGCCAGAGCACCAACAGGAGAAUGGAUGGUGUUACGAACGAGGAGGCCGCCACGAAGGCAGAGAAGAUGGCUAAGUUGUCACAGAAGAAGAUGAACAGGAUGGCCAGGCAGGGUGAGGCCGACCGGCAUCAGACCGGAUCUUUGAUCAAGCAUCUGACUGCUGGAAAGCGUGGUAUCGGAAAGACCAACAGGCGAUAGAAGCAGCCGUGUUGUACUGUCUUUGUUUUACUUACCGUCAUGGCGCGACAGGUAGAAAAAUCAUGGUUGGCGUUCAGGAUGCAUCAGAUACCUACGCGUCGGUUCUUUACACCGGUGUGGUAAUG